GCGCCCGGACACCUGCUCGGCCGCGGAGGCGGCGGGAUGGGGAGGCGGGAUGGGGGGGCUCGUCCCGCGAUUGGAGCGGCGGUGUUGUACCGAACCGAGCGUCGCGGCCGUCUGCGCGCCCCUUAAAGCCGCCUGUCUCCCCGCCGAGAGCCCGCGGGCUGCCUCCCGCCCCCGGUUCCGCGAACGGCACCGAACCGCUGCGGUGCGUGGGACGCUGCUGCGGGCGAGGGACGCUGCAGGCAUCGGCUUUCGGCAAAAAAAACCCAAAACCCGCGCGUGGUGGUGGUGGCGGCUUCGUAGCCUGCGCUGAAGCACCGUCGUGAACGCUGGAGGAACGGGUCACAAGGCAAAUUUUGGCAGCUUUAGCCUAUUAUUUUAACUUGCUAACGAGACAAACUAUGAAUUACAAGUAAAACUAGUUGUCUCGCCGCACAUCCUAACUAAAAACAACAGAGUGGCAAGAGAAACUAUGGCAGGAAAAUGUUUUGAACAUAAGGAAACCAAACUCACAUCAUUUACAGAGUUUUAUAGCUUGAUCCUCAGCUGAGGCUUUCUCUAAUACCCUGCUCCGUGUCAGAGGAACCGGCUUGGGAGGGACUGAUAUGCAACAACAACUCGCUGUUAAGGAGACUUCCAUGAAGGCACGGCCGAGUGCAAGAUAAAGAUAAAAGUGCAGCAAUUUUUCAUCCCUCAGAGGAAGAUCCUGAUCUACAUGCCAGUGCCCAGGCUUCAGCUUCCCUGGCGGAGAUACACGCUAAGAAUGAAAGGGAAGUGUAUUCGGUGCUAGCAGCAGCAAGCGCCUGGAGUGCCCCUGCUCCCUGGGUGCUGGGGGUGUGAUACUCAUCAUGCCACCGUCAAGCCAAGGAUCAGAUCCCAGCUUGGCACUUGGGAGAUUCUGCUACGCCACUGAAUCCCUUCCUGAAAUGUGGGCUUUAAAGGACUGUGAACUACAGCUGAUGAAUUAAAAUGAUUUUUUUUUUUCUUCUCUGGAUGAACAUAAAGAACUUUCUUCAUGGCAGUUUGUCUUCUUCCGCUUGAGCAAAUGGUAAACUGAAAUACACUGAACCUUUCUGUCUGAAAUGCUCCCAAGGAUGAAGCAGGCAAACCCAGCGGGGAAGCGAAAGUGCUGCAUGCCUGCAGCCAUUAUUCAGAAAAAGCUGUCUGUUCCCAUCCCUCUGUGACUGUCUCUUCAUUUUAAAGACUAACUACUUCCUUCUCCUCCUCUCCCCCUAGAAGAAAUGUUUUCUUCCCCAUUUCUUUUAAUGGCUAAGCAAUGCAAUAGCAAAGGUAUUGAAACCCAGUCUACUGAAUAAUAACUUAAUGAUGUGAACCCUGUUCUGUUCCUUUUGAAUGGAUGGCUGCUUUAGCAAGAGAGCUGCUGGGAUCUGUUCCCUGCUGUGAGGGAUGUGAGGAUGGAGAAACCUGGAUUGAAGCUGAACGGCAACCAGAGUGGUAUAAAACUGAACCAGAAUACAAGAAUGAGGUCAAUGCUGCAAGACUGUAAAAUAAGGAGAAAUUAUAUGCAAUUAAGCUAAAUUCAAGAUCUAAUAGUGAACACUUGUAGUAUAUAUUAAUGAAUGUUUGGAGUUGUCUGUUAACUCCUUUAUUGCUAAUACCUGCUAGAACACUGCUGUGUCAAGCUGUGUUUAAUUUGCAUGCUGAAGCAUGAUGCAGCAUGGCAGAGGUUAAUGAAGUACACUGGCAUAAAAUCUUCACUGUGUGUUUUCACUAUGUGCAGUCAUUCUCAGAACGAGUGGAAGCUGACAAAUCAUUCCUUCUAGUUUCACUUUCUGGCAAACGUAUGAAACCUCGAAAAUUUAUUUUGGCUAUCUAGAAAAGCAGAGUAAACCAACCACAUUUAUUUUGUUCGUAUCUGAUGUCACAUCUGAAUGCAGGUCUCCAGAGGUGAUAUAUUAAUGUCCUAAAGCAUCGCACCAUCUGGUUCCUCUUUUGAUGCGCAACGUUUUGAAUGCUUGGUUUAAUCUCCCUGGAUUUCAGAAAAUUAUGUAAACUCGGAGGCUUGGCAGCGGGAGAUGGGCACCACGAGGAGAUGAUUCAGUCAUCAAUAUCUAUUGGGCUUCCUUAUUGCUGCCAUUACACUUCUUUCAGUUCUACUUAUAAAUUUUGCAAAAUCGGAGCACCUUGGAAUAGAUGCGAGUACAAGACUUUGCACCGGCUAAAACUGCCUUGGAAAACCAUGGCUGCUGCCCCUCAUCUCAACUCGGAUGCACUCCGAGAGGUCCUGGAGUGCCCCAUUUGCAUGGAGUCCUUCACUGAGGAGCACCUGAGACCCAAGCUCUUACACUGCGGGCACACCAUCUGCAAACAAUGCUUAGAGAAACUCCUAGCAAACAGCAUUAAUGGGAUACGGUGCCCAUUUUGCAGCAAAAUCACGCGGAUCACAAGCUUAGCUCAGCUGACUGACAAUCUUACUGUGCUGAAGAUCAUAGACACCGCUGGACUGGGGGAAGUGGUGGGUCUUCUCAUGUGCAAGGUCUGUGGGAGAAGGUUGCCAAGACACUUUUGCAAGAGCUGUAGCUUGGUGUUAUGUGAGCCAUGCAAGGAGACAUCACACAUGCCCCAAGGGCAUAGAGUCAUUGCUAUCAAAGAGGCUGCUGAAGAGCGUAGGAGAGAAUUUGGGACGAGGCUUGCCAGACUUCGGGAGCUUAUGGGUGAUCUGCAGAAAAGAAAAGCAUCUCUGGAGGGUGUUUCGAGAGACCUGCAAUCUAGAUACAAAGCAGUUCUGCAGGAUUACAGCAAAGAAGAGCGCAAGAUCCAGGAAGAACUGGCCAGGUCACGCAAGUUUUUCACCACCUCUUUGUCUGAAGUGGAGAAGGUAAAUAAUCAGGUAAUGGAGGAGCAAGCUUAUCUGCUGAACUUAGCGGAAGUGCAGAUAAUGUCUCGCUGUGACUAUUUCCUUGCCAAAAUAAAGCUGGGAGAUAUAGCUCUCUUGGAGGAGGCAGCAGACGAGGAAGAACCAGAACUGACAAACAGUCUCCCAAGGGAGCUGACUCUUCAAGAGGUUGAACUCCUUAAGGUGAGCCACGUGGGACCACUGCAGAUUGGGCAAGUGGUGAAGAAACCCCGGACCGUUAACAUGGAGGAAUCGCUCAUGGAAUCUGCAGCAUCCUCAUCGGCAUCAUUUAGGGAGCCUGACUUGGUGCAAGAAGAGGCCAGCUGCACACCGCAUUCCUCACCAGCCAAGCCAAGGAUGCCUGAAGCAGCCACAAGCAUCCAGCAGUGUCACUUCAUCAAGAAGAUGGGCUCCAAGGGCAGCCUGCCAGGGAUGUUUAAUCUCCCCGUCAGCCUACAUGUCACCCUGCAAGGUGAGGUGCUUGUGGCAGACCGAGGCAAUUUCCGAAUCCAGGUUUUUACCCGCAAGGGCUUUCUGAAGGAGAUUCGCCGGAGCCCCAGUGGAAUUGAUAGUUUUGUAUUGAGUUUCCUUGGAGCAGACUUGCCCAAUUUGACUCCCCUUUCUGUCACCAUGAACUGCCAUGGCCUGAUAGGUGUGACUGACAGCUAUGAUAACUCUGUCAAGGUCUACACCAUGGAUGGCCAUUGCGUGGCGUGUCACCGGAGCCAGCUAAGCAAACCCUGGGGCAUCGCUGCCCUGCCUUCUGGGCAGUUUGUAGUGACUGACGUGGAAGGAGGGAAACUCUGGUGUUUCACAGUGGACCGUGGCGUGGGGGUAGUGAAGUACAGUUGCUUAUGUAGCGCAGUGCGCCCAAAGUUCGUCACCUGCGAUGCUGAAGGGACCAUAUACUUUACUCAAGGGCUGGGGCUUAACCUGGAAAACCGGCAGUAUGAACACCAUUUAGAAGGCGGCUUUUCAAUUGGCUCCGUUGGCCCAGAUGGGCAGCUGGGACGCCAGAUUAGCCACUUCUUCUCCGAGAAUGAGGAUUUCAGGUGCAUUGCUGGGAUGUGUGUCGAUGCCAGGGGAGACCUCAUUGUUGCUGACAGCAGCCGUAAAGAAAUCCUGCAUUUUCCUAAAGGAGGUGGCUAUAAUAUCUUAAUCCGGGAAGGACUCACCUGUCCCAUCGGUAUCGCCAUUACUCCCAAAGGGCAGCUGCUGGUGCUGGACUGUUGGGAUCAUUGCAUUAAGAUCUACAGUUACCAUCUGAGAAGAUAUUCCACCCCUUAAAGGCACAUCUCUAGGUAAAGCCCCUUUUGGCAGCAGAGAUCCGUCCAGCCUCUUUGCAGUCUGAUGGGAACCGCUGUGAAGCGUUCAGGGAGAUUGUGCCAUAACUGAAGGGGGUUUGGCACAGAAAGCCGUCAUGUUUUGUGUUUAGAAACAAAAUAGCUUACAUGGUGGUGGUCUGCUUUUUCUUCUUCUUUUUUAUAUAAAAUCCAUACAAUAAAAAAAGAACAAGCGUGAGGGAAAGGAUCCAUCCUUCUGGAGUAUUGGUUCCUUGAUAAAUGACCGGUCGCUCCAUAAACCUUUUCACCUCCUUUUGCCACAUCUCCUACACUUCCAGCUUCAACCAUUGUAUCUUUCUUUGUGCCAUAAACACUGACUGACUGCUCUAAAUCACCUUCCCUUAGAGGACUAGAGAGGCAAUCCUCUUCUCUCUGUGGUACUCGCAAGGAACUGGGUAGCAGUUGUCUGGGCAACUACUGGAGAAAGCAGUUUCUGAUUGCAGCACUGCAUAAAAUGAAAUAGCCCUCUUAAACUGCGUGGAGAUGGAGCUUUACUUUCAAACUGAAGAGGGAGGGUUUUCUCUCUCCGUUUUUCUGGUAUUCAGGAGAUCGCCCCUGUCGUGCCAUUUGUGAACCGUGUCUGUUCAAUGUGAAGUGAGUACUGUGCAAUCAUGGGAGACCGAGCUGAGCCAGAAAACUGCCCUCUGAUGGCAGCAGGGCUUUUAUUACUACUAAGAGUUCUGCUAGGUAGAAGGGGGUAAAAAGGGAGGGGGCUGGAGUUAAAAAAAAGAGGGGAAACCUAUGGUUGAUAUUUACUGUUGUUUUAUUAUUAAAUGCAUCCUGGAAACUGUCUUUGGAAGGUAUAUCUGGUAUCUAAAGCUUCAUGGGGAGGGGGGAAGGGCUGGGGGAGUAAGACUGGGAGAUUGUAGUAAAUGAGAUUAAAUGCAACAUAUUGUAUGUUCACCUGCACUUCACUAUUCUGCAUUCCAGACCAUUGCAUUUAGCAAUAGGUUUCCACUCAUCUGCACUUCAUAUGUGCAAGCUACUCACUGCUGCGAUGGGGAUGGGGGGGGGGCACUGUUUUGCUUUUAUUUUUUAAUACUUGGAAGCACAUCCAUUGGUGCAUUGUCUUUUUUCCCUUGCACAGCAAAACACCACAUUCCUCAGAUUUUUUUUUACGGCACCAGCAGGCACCAGAGUUCAUGUUCAUCGCGGCUUUGGGCCAAAUGAAGCACAAAACUGCAGCUGUGUGAACCAAGGCCCCCACAGUGCUACUCUCCUGGCUGAUAAAUGUGUACCUCAGUGUGGUGCUGCUUGCCUAGAAUAGUUUAUUGAAGGAAAGAUGCAUUUAAAUAGGGCACAGUGGUAGCAUGUUAAUCUGCCACAGAUAAUAGUUAUACUGCAGUGCAUUUAUUUGUUGCUAUCAACAACGUAGUUGCAAAUUUGGGGGCACGACAGACAAUAUAAAAGCUGAUUUUAUGGUGGCUGCCGUGCUACAGCAAAUUGUUUGCUACUUGUGCUACAACAUGUAUGCAACAGGUGAUGGGUUUUUUUCAGUUCCCAUAUACUUUCCCCUAGCGAAACAGCGGAGUAAAAUAGGCUUCAGAGCCGCUGCUGCUCCAGCCAGUUGUUUGGCAGUUACAGGGUUUGCAGAAGAAGCGCUGGGAGCAGAUUUUGGUGGGAUUUAGGUUUUUUUCUCUCCCUGUUCUGCUCAGCCAAAGCACUGAAGAGGGCCAGCACAACAAACACCCAGCUGUGUGAUGGAGGUGCCCCUCCAUCAGGGCAACUUCCUAUUUCUUUUGCUGUAAUUUGCUGGAAAAAAGCUUGCGGAGAUGGCAGCGGGAACUAAGACACUAGCAUGGUAGAUGGUGCUGAGGGAGCCCAAGGGGACUGAACCUCCUUUCCCUCCUGAGCUGCUCUGUGUGUUUGCCAAGACUACCAACCUGCACGUAAUUAUUUAUGUUCUCUGCUUCUCUUUUUGGUGUGGGAGGGGGUAGUCGCCUAAAGUAUGUAACAGCAAUUUGGGGAGCCAAUCUCAUCUUGCAUGUAUGUUUUUGGGAGAUGAUGACUAUUACUGGGCCCUUCUGCAGUUAAUUACAUUGUAACUCAAGGCAUUUUUUCCAGUAUUAUGGUAAUGGCAGUUCCUCUCCUACUGAUCUCUUUUAAACAUUUUUUCCUGUUUCUAAGAACUGCUCCAAGCAGGAAGCUACUGUGGACCUGAAUAAUUGAAGCAAUAUUAUCUAUGAUAAUAUGUACCUCUGUCAUUUUCUGUUCCAAUGGAUUUAUUUUUUUUGCAAUAAACAUCACACUACUAGCAAUAACAUUUCCUGGAGUGCUUGAAGGGAUGUAAAAGCUGGUCCAGUAAACUGAGCAGUUGGUUACCCCAGCCUGUUCCUGGUUACACAGUUCAAACAAAGCGUCUGUCAUCUGUUUCUCACUCAGAGAUUCAAGAAAAAUAACACUACCCUGCGAUGCACUGGUGGGCCAGGACACUGCGAUCGGCGCCUGGGGGUGUGUGUCGCCUGCAGCUCUUCUUCUAGUCUUGGGUUUCAGGCAAAAAAGGGAAAGAGAAAACCUGCUGUCCCUCGCCCAGGGUAUGCAUGUCCCCUGACAAAACUUGACAGUGACUGCGAGAUGAUUUUGCAGAGCUGUAUUUCUUGCAGUGGUGCCCCCACACAGUGUUGUGAUCAUCUGCCAAAUGAGAUGAAAUGGAGUAAUUAAGGAUUGUGAUGAAAUAGUUUGGCUUCUGCUCUCUACCUGGAGAAAGAGCUUGUCUGGUUAUACGUAUGUGUUUGGUUUUUAAAGAUUGUGUAAUAAAGGAAAAAUUGAUCCAAUUAAAA